AACCACCACCGGAAGUCUUUUUUAUGUCUAACUGUAGCCAGCUUGUCAGCAGCAGGUGCGGUCCCCUAUCAACAACAAUAACGGGAUCCGUUAACGUGACUCUGUAGCAGCGAUGCACCGACUGUUGUUCGCGUUUCUGGCCGCCGCCGCCGCGUCUGUUCUCGGCCUCCGCAGACUGGAGGCCUCGCCGGUGACCGGGCCCUGCAUCGCCCCGCUGCAGUGGGAGGGCAGGUGGGUGCUGUACGACCACAGCACCGGGAGAAACAGCCGGGCUGCUGUCUCCUAUGACGGCCUGAACCAGAGGAUCCGAGUCCUGCAGCAGAACAAGAAGCACACCCCGUGUCAGAGGUUCUUCGAGUACAUCUACUUGUACCAGAGCAUGGUGAUGUUCCAGAUUGACCAGAAGACCAAGGACUGCUCAAAGAUCGCUCUAACGGAGGCCUGGGAUCCCUUCGACAUCCCGGACAACUCUACCUUUGAGGAUCAGUACUUCAUCGGAGGCCCGGGGGACAACGUGGAGAUUCAGGAGUGGUCAGACAGGAAGCCGGCACGCCAACAUGAGACCUGGGUGGGCGUUUACACCCUGAAGGACUGCUACCCGGUGCAGGAGACCUACACCAGGAACAGCAGCGUCACCACCUCUACCCGCUUCUUCAACCUCCAGCUGGGCAUCAGCGACCCCAUUGUCUUCACCCCGCCCAGCACAUGUCAAUCAGCUCGGCCUGAGAGGAUGUCUGAGUUUCACUGCUGAGGCCUCAGCCACCCUCACCUUUAACCUUAGAUACUUACUGCUGAGUCCAAAAAUCACUCCUUUGUUUACUCGUCCACUAAAUAAGGGGUCAAUAUAUUAACAGGGACGCAGUCUUUGUCUAGUUCUUUAUUGAAUUGUUUGUUAAUUUGCUGCUAAUUUAAUAAAACUAUUCAGGACUAAUUAGCCCUAGUGCUGAGUAGUAUUGAGAGUUUAGCUUCAUGCUAAAAAAAUGUCUUUAAGUGUUACUGUAUGUGUGUUGUCACUCUUCAUCGCAACCAAGUGAUUUCAGUGAAGCAAUCUGAUUACAUGCUAAUCCAGAUGUUGAAGUGCCUCCUAAACAGAAGUGGACACAAUAACACAAAGUCAAAAUCACAGAUUUCAUUACGGUUUAUAAUUCUGUGAAGGUUCUCAGUCAGGUCAUCUUUCUUCAAGAAAGGUUAAGUCUGGGGCAACUGGACUUGUUUGUAGCUCCGUGAAGUCGUUUCGCCUCUCAUCUAAGAAGCUUCUUCAGUCUGACUGCAUGGUGGGGGGUCUGUGUGUUUACACUAGGAAAGCUCGUAGAUGUCUUGCCUGUCCAAGAUGCAAACAUCAUUGUCAUUAAAGGAGUGUCUCUUGUCUUUAAGAUGUAUGAAAACUGCAGAGUCUAGUCCUGAUGAAUUGGCACCAGUACACCAGAUUGCUUUUCUGGGUGUAGGGUUUUAGGGUGUACCAGUUUCUGGCUAAGGGUGUUGCUAGGUCUGAAGAACACUGGGAUUCUAUGUUUGUUAAAGAAGUUUUUCCAAUACGCACUAACAAACUGUGGAACAAUGGGUGGAUCUACGAGCUUUUCCUAGUAUAAACACUCAGACUCCCCACCAGUCAGUCAGAACUGGAAAAGCUUAUUGGAUGAGAAGCGGAACAUCUU